GAUUGCUUGCGGCAUUAACAACUGAGACGCAAUUUCUCACUUCAACCGAAGCCUAGAAAGACAAAUAUGCAAUGAUCCAAAAAUAGCACGUUAGGCCUGAGAUUUUUUUCCCAUUCCCACGAAGUUUGGCAAACAGAAGAUGGCGCAAACACCAUCACAUGUCCUCUACUCCUCCAUUUAGAAUUUGUUGCACUCUCUGCACAAUCUGCCACCCUUUUUUCUCUUUAUUAUUUGGUCCUCUCUGUUGCAAAAAUUUCGUCCACUCAUUUCACCUAACCCUAAAAAAAACUCCAAAAGUCCCGGUGAAACCAAAGUGAUUAAAAAGAUUUUUUGUUUCCCUCUUUUGAAGUGCGAUUAUUGGUAGCUGUUAGUUGUUGUUAUUGGAAUUAUGGGGUGAAGAAUUUUGUGUUGAUUGGGUGUCUAUCAUCAAUUAAAGUAUGAUGGAGUGGGAUAGUAACUCGGAGUCUGAUUUGAUGGAAGGAGAAGAAGAUGAAGAAGAAGGAUUGGGGUUUUUGUUGAGGAAGAGCGGCGGAGAGGAAGGUGGGACGCAUCCUUUUCCGGUGGACAAGCUUCUGCAGCCGGCGCCUUGUGGGUUUGUUGUAACGGAUGCUUUGGAACCGGACCAUCCCAUUAUUUACGUUAAUUCUGUGUUUGAGAUGGUUACUGGGUACCGUGCAGAAGAAGUUCUUGGUCGCAACUGUCGCUUCUUGCAAUGCAGGGGCCCAUUUGCUAAGAGAAGGCAUCCACUGGUGGACCCAAUUGUAGUCUCUGAAAUGAGAAGAUGCCUGAUGGAAGGUGUUGAAUUUCAAGCUGAAUUGUUAAAUUUUAGAAAAGAUGGAUCCCCGUUAAUGAAUAGGCUGCGCAUGACCCCAAUAUAUGGUGAUGACGAGACAAUAACCCAUAUAAUUGGCAUACAGUUCUUUACGGAAGCAAAUCUUGAUCUGGGUCAACUUCCAGGAUCUUCAGCAAAGGAGACUUCUAGAAUAUCUGAAAGGUUUAAAUUUAGUCCUUCUCCUUGUGUACUAGUUACAGACGGGAAGCGAAAUAUCAGUGGCGGGGUUUGUGGACUAAUGCAGUUAAGUGAUGAAGUCCUCUCUAUGAAGAUUCUUUCUCGGCUGACUCCUAGAGAUAUUGCAUCUCUUGGCUCUGUUUCUCGGCGAUUGUAUGAGCUGACUAAGAAUGAGGAUCUCUGGCGAAUGGUCUGCCAAAAUGCAUGGGGCAGUGAAACAACUCGAGUGUUAGAAACAGUGCCAGGUGCUAAACUCUUAGGGUGGGGUAGAUUGGCGAGGGAACUUACCACUUUAGAAGCAGCAGCAUGGAGAAAGCUAACAGUGGGAGGUGUUGUUGAACCCUCUCGUUGCAACUUCAGUGCAUGUGCUGUUGGUAAUCGUGUGGUUCUUUUUGGUGGGGAGGGUGUCAACAUGCAACCCUUGAAUGAUACCUUUGUGCUGGACCUGAACUCGAGCAAUCCGGAGUGGCAACAUGUCAAAGUAAGCUCUCCUCCUCCUGGGCGCUGGGGCCAUACACUUUCUUGUGUGAAUGGGUCCCAUCUUGUUCUGUUCGGGGGCUGUGGGAGACAAGGUUUACUUAAUGACGUCUUUGUGUUGGAUUUGGACGCUACGCAUCCUACUUGGCGUGAAAUCUCCAGCUUGGCUCCUCCACUCCCUAGAUCUUGGCAUAGCUCCUGCACACUGGAUGGAAGCAAGCUGAUAGUCUCCGGUGGUUGUGCAGAUUCUGGAGUGCUUCUUAGCGACACUUUUUCACUUGAUCUUUCUAUGGAGAAACCAGUGUGGCGAGAGAUACCAGUAGCAUGGACUCCACCUUCACGUUUAGGACAUACAUUGUCAGUUUAUGGUGGGAGGAAAAUCUUGAUGUUCGGGGGUCUUGCGAAGAGUGGUCCUCUUCGGUUUCGAUCAAGUGAUGUAUUCACCAUGGAUCUGAGCGAGGAGGAACCAUGUUGGAGAUGUGUAACGGGGAGUGGUAUGCCUGGUGCUGGAAAUCCUGGAGGUAUAGCUCCUCCUCCCCGGCUUGAUCAUGUGGCGGUGAGCCUCCCAGGUGGCAGAAUCCUCAUAUUUGGUGGUUCUGUGGCCGGUCUUCACUCUGCAUCUCAGCUCUAUAUACUCGAUCCAACUGAAGAGAAACCGACAUGGAGGAUUCUGAAUGUACCUGGGCAGCCUCCAAGAUUUGCUUGGGGACACAGUACAUGUGUUGUUGGAGGUACUCGAGCCAUAGUCCUUGGAGGUCAAACCGGGGAAGAAUGGAUGCUAAGUGAGCUUCAUGAACUAUCUUUAACAAGCUCCACGAUAUGAGGAAAAUGAAAGUUCAGGUGUUUUUUCCGCAGCAAGCCAUCUUUUAGGCUCCAUUACAAUGUCUCUUCUUCAUUUGCUAGAAAUGCUCGUUGAGUAUUGGUGUUGUCGAUUGCGGUGCUUCAGCCAAUCGCUGAAAUUGAUUCAUUUUCUCGUUGUAAGGCUAGUGGGAACACUUAGAGCCAACGACACGAACCGGGCUUGAUUUUAUGAUUUUGUAUCAAAAUGUGCAAUGUAAAAUGCUGCCACCUUGCAUCAUUUGCUGUCUCUAGGAUGCUAAUACUUGGUAGGGUUGUAGGACAAUAUCAUACACGUAGGUUUAGUUUCCAAUAUAUAUUGUCACUGUGUUGUGCUUUCUGUAAGUUGAAACACAAAAAAUAUUAAAAAAAAAAGAA